AAUGCGGGUGCUAGGGCUCCAGGGGUGCGGCCACCCCCAGCCACAGUGGCUGGCUGGACAGCAAGAGGCUCCUGCAGCCCAUCAAGUGUGCAGACUCCUUGCUUUGUGUGUUGAGACCCCACAACACACUAAAGGAGCUGCAUCCUCAUAGCACAGCAGUGAGCAUCCUGCAUGGUUAUCAGUCUCCUGGGGCCACCGUUAGAAAAGUAUCCUCAAGACAAGUUAAGGGCAAAAAGCAAACGUAUGUGCACACAGUUUUAUUUUCUUAUCCAUUCAAGCUGUUUUUAUUUGGUGACCUCAGAAUCCUCGGUGAACACAAUAACUCACAAAUAAGAUAAAAUUUUCAAGGCCUUUUUGGAGGAACCUUUUUUAUAUCUGAACAGUCACUGUUGCCUAUAGAUGCAGGAAGCCAACAGUGGACAGACCUAGGUAGCAUGAGUCAGAGAAAACAAUACUCCCAAGCUGGAAUCAGAAUAGGAAGAGAGAGGGCUAGUGUCCAGGUGCCUAGGGUGGGUUUCCUAGAGGAGGUGACUGUCCUCACCGGAGCUGCUACUCAGAGUGGCUUCUGGUCUUCCUCAAGUCCAGAUAGUGGAAACACUCUGCAAAAGAGGCCCCCAAACCUGAGAGUGAGGACCAACCUGCUGGGCUGGUCUUAGUGGGCAUAAAGAUGCCUCCAAGUCAGCAAUGUCAAGAUGCUCUGGUCCCAGGUCAGCUGACAGCCACUCCUGAGAACGUUGCAGAAAAGAGAGAACUUCUCUCACAACUAGGGAGAGAAGAGUGGGCAGAAGCAAAGGAGCUCUCUUCCUUCUCCACCAAAGCCACCCUCCAUGCACUCAUUGCAAAUCUACUCCUUUCUGUGCCAUUCAACAACUAUUUCUUUAACAUCGACCUCAUGCCAGGCACUGAGGGGACAGAGAUGAGAUCCACGGAGCUGGUCUAAGCACUCACCUGUGAGCCAUGGAGGCCCUGGGGCCUGGGGGCGACCGCGCCUCCCCAGCCUCGUCCACUCGCAGCCUGGACCUGCGGCGGCUGUCCGCGCGCGCCGACUCGGCCUACAGCUCUUUCUCCGCGGCCUCCGGCGCUCCAGAGCCGCGCACGCCGUCGCCUGGAACUGACCUCCUCCCUUAUCUAGACUGGGACUACGUGCGCGUGGUGUGGGGUGGCCCAGCCUCCGCCGCGCCCGCCGCCGGCCUUCGGGCGUCCCCGCAGCCCCGGCCCGCGGCCGCCGCGCGCAGUGGGCUGCGGCUCCCAGAGGUCCAGGGAACGUCGGGGCCGCUCAGCCGGCAGGCCACCCCGCUGCUGUUUGCUCUGGCGGCCGAGGCGGAGGCGGAGGCGCGGGCUGUCGAGCCGCCCAGCCCACCGGCCUCGCGGGCUGCCUACCGCCAGCGGUUGCAGGGCGCGCAACGGCGAGUGCUCCGGGAGACGUCCUUCCAGCGCAAGGAGCUCCGCAUGAGCCUGCCCGCCCGCCUGCGGCCCGCUGCACCCGCGCGGCCCCCCGCGGCGCACCCGCGCUCCGCCUCGCUCAGCCAUCCGGGCGGGGAAGUGGAGCCGGGGCGCUCUGGGGCUCCCGCGCGGGGACCAGUCGGCCGGGGGCGCCUAGCCACCCAGCAGCGGAAGUGGUGCUUCUCUGAGCCAGGGAAGCUGGAUCGCGUGGGUCGGGGCGGUGGAUCUGUGGGGGGAUGUUCGAGUGACGCCUGCUCCAGCUCUGGCUUUGCCGGGCCCGAGCCCCAGGAGCGCAGGGUGCUGGCAGAGUUGGAAGAUCACCAGAUCAGAUGGCUGCCUGAGACGCAGCCUCGAGGCACAGAGGAUCCAGAACCGCGGUCCCUGAAGUUCCGUGACGCCCAUAGGCCUUCCAGUCGGAGUCGGAGCGCUUCAGGCGAAGUCUUGGCUCCCUGGGGAGGUUCAGGAGGGGUCACACCCGUUGUUCAGGUUGCUCCCCAAGGAGCAGAAACCCCCAGACUGUUGUUUCAGACCAAACUUUCCAGGUUCCUGACUCAGAAGGAAGCUGCAGUGUUGUGUCCUGCCGAGUGCCUCCAGAGCAGUCCUGCAGACCGUGAACAGAGGGUCUCAGAGACAUGCCUUGGGUCUGCCCGACUCCCUUCCCUUCCUGAUGAUGAGGUUUUCCUGGAAGACGUCCCCUUGGUCAGAAUGAGAUCACCUCCAGACACCCAUGCGCCCACAGGAAACCCAACCAGUGUCCAUGUCUCUGACCAGCAGUAUGAAACCGGCUUGGGCCAGGGGGUUGACCAAGCUGGAGUCCCCCCAGAGCACCCCCUCCGUGAGCACCCAGAGACUGCAGGGGCAGAUGACAGCUGGCGGAGGAUAAAUGGUUCUGUGACCAUUUCCAGGACUACAUGCUGUAGCCCCCCUGGGACUGCAAAUGGUGACAUUCCAACCUUCAACCCCACUGGACUGCUGACCAUUGACCCACUUGCAGCUACAGACCCCCUCAAACCUCUUCCAGUUGAUGUCCUGGAACAUCCAGGCAACAGUACCCCAGGUGCUCCUGGCCAUAGUGCCCUAGCUUGGGGCACUGGCCAGCCUGUUUCCAGGCCAACAUGGCGCAGUCUGCGCCUUGAGGAGCUGGUUCAGGAGCUGGCCAGACUGGAUCCCUCUAUGAGUGACACACUCACUUCCUGUCCCAGUCCAGACCCACCCCUGGGUCUGCUAGAUGGGCUGAUUCCUUUAGCUGAGGUCUGGGCUGCGAUGAGGCCAGCCAGUGAGGAGGCUGGAAAGGACGCUGCUGGUACUCCUGAGCCAGGGUGCUAUCUAUUUAGCUCCAGCCAGCUCUGGCCAACUUCUCAGGAGAUGAGGUCUGAAAACCAUACCACCCACCCUGUGCCUGACCAACCCUGUGGUCAGGGUCUCCCUGAUCCAAACAGCAUCGAAGCCAAGAAAAUGGAGCUAGCCAAUCUCCUCCAAAAGAUGCUGCGGGACCUUCAGGCAGAACAGGAGCGGCUGCACCGGGUGGCCCAGGAUUGGGCCAGGCGCGGGGCUGCUCUGGAGGCCGUGGUGGGCCAGACCUGUGCACCCCGCGACCUAGAGCGGUUCAGCAGGUUCAUGGCCGACCUAGAGCGCGUGCUUGGCCUGCUGCUGCUGCUGGGCAGUCGCCUGGCCCGCGUGCGCCGCGCCCUAGCCCGGGAGGGCGCAGACGGCGACCCAGACGAGCAGGCCUCUCUGCUGCAGCGACUCGGUCUCCUGAAACGGCAGCAGGAAGACGCCAAGGAGCUGAAGGAGCACGUGGCGCGGCGCGAGCGGGCCCUGCGGGAGGUGCUGGUGAAGGCCCUGCCCGCGGAGGAGCUGCGCGCCUAUCGCGCCUUGCUGGCGGGCAAGGCCGCCGUCCUGGCCCAGCAGCGCAGCCUAGACGAGCUGGUCCGGCUCCUUCAGGACCAACUGGACGCCGUCAGGAGCGACCUUGGCCGUCGUCCCCUGCCUCCCAGGAUGACCUUGCCCCCAGAGACCCGUUCUCCAGAUAAACCGUCCUUCCCUCUGCCCCUCAUCUAAUUACAGGCAGUGGGGGUGGGGAGCAUUUCUCUGCGCCUCACCGACAUAACUGGGGGUGACGCUUGUUUACUCGGUGCUUUUCCCUUGGGGCGGGGAAGACCCUGACCGGGUCUUCCCAGAAUUCUUCUAAGUGUUUUCAUGUGGUCUUACCCAAGUCUUGUGGAUUAUUUGGUAAUUAAUUUAUGGAUUUUUACAACUGCAGUAUUUCCCCUUUUUGUGAUGAGAGACUCAGUCCAGGCUGGUUGGAGGGAGAGGAGACAAAUUAGAGGCGCAUUUAAAUUUAAGAUGCAAAACGG